AACAUCUCGACUGCACACCACCAACCAGCCUAUAUCAGUGCGCACAACCAGGUCCAAGCAAGGGCCCGGCUCCAGACAAGGCGCACUCUCUAGCAUCCACUCCUACACCCUCGACAUCUCUUUCCACCUGCUCUCCCAGUGUGCGCGACCCUCUUCUACGCAGCGCUCCACCCCGUCCUCUUCUCCGCCUCACAAGAGAAAAUCCUCCCGCGGCCUGAACAAGCGACGACUCCCUUCACGCGCUCACCUGAGAGCCUCUGCAACACAAGCACAGCAUGCUCGGAAACCCCUUCUCCAGCACAGCAGCACCCAUGACCGAUCCAGCGUCCCCAGCGCAACCUGCAUCCACCAACGGCACAUCCACGCCCACCUCACAACCCGCCACCCCAACAGAACUCCCACGACCGUAUAAAUGCCCGAUGUGCACCAAGGCCUUUCACAGGCUCGAACACCAAACGCGUCAUAUCCGAACACACACAGGUGAGAAACCGCAUGCUUGUACAUUUCCUGGAUGUCCAAAACGCUUUUCACGAUCGGAUGAAUUGACGCGGCAUGCACGCAUCCAUACAAACCCAAAUGCACGGCGCAAUAAUCGAACGGGUGCAGGCAGUGGCACUGCAUCCGGUGCAGCGAGUGGCAAGUCCUCUAGAAAUGUUUCACCGGUCCACUCGCCGCCGCAUUACAAUGCAUCUGUACCAACGCAGCAUGGGGCUGGUAGUCAAGGACCGAGUCGACGUAGCUCAGGGCAUGAUUUCGAUGAAAUGCACGUCUUGGCUGCUGCAGCCUCUCAACAACUCGAGCAAGAACGAUCCAAGCAGAAUGCAAGUGCACAACAGCAGCAUCACUACAAUACCUAUCAGCCCGCACAGUAUCGUCAUGCUACAUUUGCAUCGCCUGUCGGUCAUCAUACUGGUGGCGGGUAUGGCAAUGGUCUGCAACUUCCCUAUAAUCGACCCAAUCUCAGCAUGUCGCGACAGCACUCCAACGAGGAAGAUGAUCGCUAUGAUGGACAUCGUUCUAAACGUUCAAGACCCGGUAGUCCAGUGCUGAGUACAGCGCCUAAUUCGCCUGCAUUGUUGGCACACCAUCAUUCACCCACACCGGAUCAUACGCCGCUUGUGACGCCUGCGCAUUCACCUAGGUUGCAUCCAAGGGAAUUAGAUGCGUUGCAUGGUAUUCAUCUGCCAUCUAUUCGACAACUCUCACUUCGUGGCACACCACCGACAUUGGCACCGCUCGAGGUCGACCCAUUUCAGCCUGGUAGUGGGUAUAAUUCACCCAAGGAGUAUGGUCGACACCAUCAUCAACAACAACCCGUCAACGCUAUGCGAUUGAGUGAUAUUUUGGAGAGUACGCAGCAGAGUGAUCGGACGUUGCCUGUGCCACGGGUGAGUAUCCAUGAUUUGGUGAGUCCACCGUCUGGACAAUUGCUUCCACAGCAACAACAACAGCAGCAUCUUCCAGGAAGUGGGAGUGCGUCGAGUGGUGGGCCUAGUGAGGGUCCUGCCUCCCGUACCGCGAGCCAUACCAAUUUGAGGGAUCUUGCUUGAUUGUCGAUUUGGAGGAACGAUAGAGAAGCGUUUUCAAUUUUAUCAUAGACUCUGGGUAUGAAGUAGCUUUCUAUGGCUUGUUACAGUAUUCACUUGCUAUGUAUCCAUAGGAUCUGAUAUGAUCUGAUCUCAUCUGGUGAAUGACGUCUCUCAUCUCGCGACUGACAACCAACCCCGCCAAUGUCAACACACCCAAAGUCGCAUGUCUCUACAGGCAUGGACCGCUCCCUAGAACUCACGUCCCUCGAUGAAGACGGUCGCCCACUAGAGCCAAUUGUACUCACACCCUUUUCUGUAUUCUUCUCCGCUAACAUGGUAGCCGCUUGUGUUUGUGGAAGGUUGGGCGGCU